AAUUCACUCUAAUUUCGCUCUCCCCCUUUACUUUCAUAUCUACCACUUCUCUACUGUGCAUAAUGGGUCGCUGUAAUUUUCACGAAGAAAGCGAAAGCUCCAUUAAAUUAUCCACUUCCCCUCGCACUCUCUUCACAUUCGGGUCUCCUCUCUCCCAAUCCAUUCGAAGGGGACCCCAAAAUAAGCUCGUUCUUGGUGGGUUUCAAAGGAUUGAAAUUAAUUCGAGAAAGCGGGGGUGAAUUUGUGGUUGUGCGAUGGAGUCGAAGGCUCUGCGAUUCAUCACCCAUCAGUCGUUCUUCUCUGUCGUCCGAUCUGGGGACCUUGAGGCUGUCAAGCAGGCCUUGGAUAAGCUCGCCGGAGAUGAACAGGCCGAGGCUUCUUCGAUUACCGAUCUGAUGGCGAUGCAGAACGAUGCUGGAGAGACGCCUCUGUACGUGGCUGCUCACAAUAAUCUCCACGAGGUUUUUACCUAUUUGCUUCAAUUUUCCACUCUCCAAAUCCUGAAAAUUAGGUCCAAAUCUGAUAUGAACCCUUUCCAUGUUGCUGCUAAGCGUGGUCAUCUAGGGAUUGUAAGGGAGGUUUUGGGUAUAUGGCCGGAGCUUUGCCGGUCAUGUGACUCCUCAAACACGAGCCCCCUGUAUUCAGCUGCUGUACAGGACCAUUUGGAAGUAGUUGAUGCUAUCUUAGAUGCGGAUGUGAGUACAAUGAGAAUAGUAAGAAAGAAUGGAAAGACAGCUCUGCAUAAUGUAGCUAGGUAUGGCCUCCUUCGAAUUGUUAAAGCGCUUAUCGAUCGUGAUCCUGGAAUAGUAGCCAUUAAAGACAAGAAGUCCCAGACUGCACUUCAUAUGGCUGUGAAAGGUCAGAGCACUGCAGCGGUCAAGGAGCUAUUGCAUGUCGAUGCGUCGGUACUUAACGAACGAGACAAGAUGGGAAACACCGCGUUGCAUAUAGCUACUAGAAAGUGUCGCUCUGAGAUUGUAAGCCUUCUGCUGAGCUUUACAUCGCUUGAUGUCAAUGCAAUCAAUAGUCUAGGGGAAACUGCUAUGGACUUGGCUGAUAAACUGCAAUACAGCGAAUCUUCACUGGAGAUUAAAGAAGCAUUGGAGGAAGCUGGGGCUAAAUAUGCAAGGCAUGUUGGCCAAGUUGAUGAAGCAAUGGAGCUGAAGCGGACAGUAAGCGAUAUCAAACACGAGGUUCACUCGCAGCUUAUCCAAAACGAAAAAACGCGUCACAGAGUUUCUGGGAUUGUGAAAGAGCUGAAGAAGCUCCACAGGGAGGCUGUUCAGAAUACCACAAAUUCCAUCACGGUUGUGGCUGUUCUUUUUGCAUCCAUUGCAUUCCUGGCUAUCUUCAAUUUGCCUGGUCAGUAUAUACAAAACGGAAAUGAUGUUGGGAAGGCAAAUAUAGCUGAUAACAUGGGUUUCCAAGUAUUCUGCCUUCUAAACACUAUAUCUCUGUUCAUAUCUUUAGCUGUUGUGGUGGUUCAAAUUACUUUAGUAGCAUGGGACACAACAGCUCAAAAGCAGGUUGUGUCGGUUGUCAACAAGCUAAUGUGGGCUGCCUGUGCUUGCACCUCUGGUGCUUUCAUAUCAAUAGCUUAUGUUGUCGUAGGGCACGAAACAUGGAUGGCUCUCGCCAUUACCCUCGUCGGAGUUCCAAUUCUUGUUGCAACUCUUGCAACCAUGUGCUACUUGGUUUUUCGACAACAUUUUGGUAUCUUUCGCAGUGAUUCUCAAAGACGAAUCAGACGAGCAAGUGGAAGCAAGUCAUUCUCAUGGCCUCACUCUGUAAACAUAUCUGAUGAUGAUGAUUACAACUCCGACCUCGAGAAGAUUUACGCCUUAUAGACGUCAUUUCUCAGAGCCUGAAAGGAUGGUUUCCUGCACAUAGUUAUAUAGAUAUAUUGUAAUGUAGAUCUAGAGGGCUACCUCCUCAUGUUUGGUAGGGUAGGCUCGAUCGUCUACAAGUAUAUAUGUUUGCGUAAUAAUGAUUGUAUGCAAUAGAGGUUGGUAUUUUCCACAGUUUCGAGUUCAAAGAGUGCGUUUGAUUGUAUAUUUAUUAGGAAAGCUGCAGAAGUUUGAACACUUUGUUCAAUAAAGUCUCUUAUCUGGGCAUUA